UGGCCCCGCCCCCAGCCUGUUUCAGACCCGAGCGUUCAUUGGCCACUCGGCCCCAUGGGGGUCAGGACCCCGGCGCUCCCGCCCUAAGAGAGGAGGGAGCGGAUUGGCUGUGACACAGGAAGUGCGUAACACGCUGCUGUUCCCCCGGGCGCAGUGUUUCCGGCGUGGGAGCAGCAUGGCCGCGGUGCCCCCCGACUCCUGGCAGCCGCCCGCCGUCUCCAUGGAGACCACCAUGGGCACCCUGGCGCUGGAGCUCUACUGGAAACACGCGCCCAAGACCUGUAAGAACUUCGCGGAAUUAGCCAGGCGCGGUUAUUACAACGGCACAAAGUUCCACAGGAUCAUUAAAGACUUCAUGAUCCAAGGGGGCGAUCCCACCGGGACAGGCAGAGGGGGUGCAUCCAUCUAUGGGAAGCAGUUUGAAGAUGAACUUCAUCCAGAACUAAAAUUUACAGGUGCAGGAAUCCUUGCCAUGGCUAACGCCGGCCCAGACACAAAUGGCAGUCAGUUCUUUAUAACCUUGGCACCAACCCAGUGGCUCGAUGGGAAGCACACUAUCUUUGGCCGUGUUUGCCAGGGGAUCGGGAUGGUGAACAGAGUGGGCAUGGUGGAGACAAAUGCCCAAGAUCGCCCAGUCGAUGAUGUGAAGAUUCUGAAGGCUUACCCAUCGGGUUAGACCAGAGUUCUCUGCAGUUAAUGUGUUGGCCACUCCCAUGUGUUAAAUCCUUUAUCCCUCAUGGGAUUGUCCUGUCAUUCCAGGGAAUGCAAGCCCGUGGCUUAGGCCCAACGUUUACCUACUUUACAAUCUAUUUGAGGCAGAGCUUUUGUUCUUUUUUUUUUUUUUUUUUUUUUAAGUAAAGUGGAUUUAAAAGUAUCUACAAUUAGUUUGCCCAGGAACUAAAGUGAACCGGAUUCUUUUCGAGAGUGCUAGCAGUGCUGUUUCUCUGAGCUGCCUCCUGCCACGCUGGGGAGAGGGUCUCUUGUCAAAGCCUCGUGGCCUGAAAUCACCCCUGCUGAGCCCUGUUUUGGUUGGUGUGCCCAGGGUGUAAGUACCCACCAUGCCACCCCUCUGCUCUCUGUUCUGGGAACUGUCUCAUGCAAAGGCCCCACAGAGCACAUGGCUGGCACGCCAUGCAUGCUCACAACUGCACGGCAAUCCAGUGUGCAGGAUGGCUCUUGGGUCUCAGCAGCAAAGGAGCAAUAACAGGGUUGCAGCACCCUCUCCUUUGAGGGUGAGGAAGUUGGCAUGUCGAGUUAAGGAAGAUUCUAAUCAGGAGAGUCUGACAUUUAUUGGUAAACGUUGGGCCUAGCCAGCUUGACGGCAUCCCCUUUAACAUGCUCUGCGAGCUGGGCAAUCAGUGACUUUCUUAUUUUUCCACAAGGCAACCAAAAGGCCAUAUUAAUCUAUAGGAUCAUUUGAACCAAGAGUACAGUGGAACACGAUUAAUGUGCCAAACUGGACUAGGAGAACAGGCAAUGGGAACUUUUUCACCAGCUCCCAAGAGUCUACUACAGCAGGUGGGGCUACCUUAAAUGUCAUUCAUUUUUAGAAUUAACUUGUAAGGAGAAUCUACAGGUUCCUGGAGAAGCACAGACUCUUCCAUGGCCUCUAGGAUGGGGAUACUGACUCCCCCUCUCUGAGAACUGAGUUUCUGUGAAAUCUAAUUCAGUCCCCCUUUACAGCUCCUUGUUGCAGGAAGACAGGUGUGUGCGUGCUUGUGAGACCAGUGUGCUCUUUAUACUCUUUGUAAUACAUGGAUUUUCUUAAAAUAAAGGUCUGAAAUGCA